ACACCAUUACGCAGCAAAUUCGCCUUGAGUUCCCGCAGUAGGUUGGGUGACUUGGGUCUGGCCCACUGGAGGGAGCAGGGACUAGUACCACGAUGGCACCGAUCCGUAACUCCUGUCACCAUCAUGGAACGCAAAUACCUCUGGUGUUACUUUUUCAUAGAAAAGAUCCCUACCCACAGUAGGUCUGUGGUUAUCCAGUAUUCCCCCAUGGAACAUCUUGCUUUCACCAGGCAUAAUAUCGCAGAGCUUGUGGAUCUUCCACAGACCCAUUUCCAACUUUACAAACCGAAGGUUCGUAUUCCUCUUCUAACCGAAGGCAGUCUCUUUGAGAAGAUCGAGGAUGUAAUCGUCAGAGGUGAUUCUCUCGAGGUGUUAAAAGGUGGAGCUCUGCAAUCAACCUUCUGGAGUGCUGAGCUAUCAUCGAUGGAGGAGGAAGUCGCGUGUUUUGACAUCUUGGUCAUUCCAGAUCGAGUCCUCGAAGCGCUCAAACCUAUCGCAGGCCUCCCCGACAGCCUUCGUUCUCGCCGCGAUGUAAUAAAAGCUCGAUGUAGAGUUCUCGCAAACUCGAUCGCCUCGCCGCCGCAAGCAGGCGCAGACCCCCAGUCUCACUUUGGUGAUUCCAUGAUCGUGGCAGGCCGCCCGCUAUACCGUUACCAUCUCCCUACGGCGAUAUAUAGCCCCGAACUAGCUAAACUCACUGAACGCUUCAGCCAUCUCGCAGAAGUCAAAGCAACGCCGGAGAGGGUUCGGCAGGCUGCCGUCCUAGUUUCCUUGGGUGCUGAAAUCUACAGUGAGGAAGAGGAGCGCGAAAACGCUCUUAGAGACCAUCUGGAUCAGAUAUUCGGGCCCGCAGACUGGGGGACGUCGGUUAAUGGAGGGGCCGCGACGCCAGCUGCCGUUUGGGGUUUAGCCAUGGUCUUGGAGAUCAAGAACGAGAAGGGAGUGGGAGGGAACCCGCAACUGCAGGCAUUCUUCUCCCGUCUCCACAUCGUUCAAGGCUCUAAAAAGGAUGGAAAGUUUCUUACCUCCAACUUUCCCUGCAUCAUUCUCAGCAUUUCAAGCACACUCUUCGAAGUAAGCCUCGCAGUAAUGACUCAGGCUCUGAUGGUCGACGACGUGUUUCGAGCGGACAUUCGUGGCGGGCUAUAUCUAGAACACGAUGCCAUCACCCUUGCUCGUGCGCUUACAGUUAUAGCCGACGGACUGGAAGACUUGAAGGAAUACUAUACCAAGGUUUACAGUCACGAUGCCGACAAACACGCUGACUACCUCUACCCUAAUCCUGUCUGUCAAGACACCCUCCAACCGCCGUCAUACGGACCGUUGACCUUUCUGGAGAAGCUGCCUGCUUCAACGGUACUCCCUGAUGAUGUUGCAGAUCGGGGUCAGAGUACUGCUGACCGGUUUGAGUACUCGAUGGCUCUGUUCCGUGCUACCAUGCCUGAUGGUACUGUCGUCAUGGUCAAGUUCACACCCAGUUAUAAUGCCGAAAGUCAUCGAUUACUCGCAAUCGAGGGCCUUGCACCCAAACUCUUGCACCACACAAGGAUUGCUGGCGGUUGGUUGGUAAUCGUCAUGGAAGACCUGGACAGAGCUCAGAAUGCCUUGACCUACCUUGACAACAGUCCGACGCUACGCCUCCCACGAUCUGUCUACGAUGACGUCCAGAGAGCACUCAAGAAGCUCCAUGAGAAGAAACUUGUCUUUGGUGAUCUCCGCAUUCAAAACAUCAUGGUUCAAGGCGAUGGUGAUUCUGUGGAUCGUAUAAAAACCUAUUUGGUCGACUUUGAUUGGUGUGGCAUAGAAGGAGAGGCUAGGUACCCCAUCUUCAUGUCUCAACUCAAGGUCUAUUGGGAUGCUGGAAUGUUACCAUAUGAAAAGAUGUUGAUGUGUCAUGAUCAAGAGUUGUUGAAGGUUCUGAAAGGCUUUUGUGAUACAGCCUAGAUAUAGUACUUUAUUGUGAUUUGGUGUACUUGUCUCUACUGACCUAAUUCAGACGGGGGUCCUCGUUUGAACUGGUAUUCUGACGUCCAGGUUUUGUCUCCAGAUGUGUAGCGUACACACAUCACACAUGAUACGUACGGACUGGGACUGGGUCCAUCUUGAAUAUUUGAAUACUCAAGUACGCUG